GACGCCAGCCUUUUAAACUCCCAUCGUUUACCAACGGACAUCCGUCAGAGUCCUCCCGACCCCCAGCCUUUCCUUUCUGCCACAUAGAAACGCGCAAAGUCUGAGGAAAUUUGCUAUAAAGGCCUGCAUCAAAGACCUUUACACGCACACUGUUUCCACCUUCAUCCCAAAUCUACGACAUUCAACGAAGCAAAGGCUUUGAGCACCACUUCAACGUUAACAGGAUAGUAAAUUCCAGCCUUUUAGUUUAGAACUCCAGAAGACUCGAAGCAAUAUGUCACCACCAAUGUCAGGGAAGGGCAAGGACUCGGGAACAGCACGUGUGCUUGGUUCUGGGGCUUCAGGUGUCGCCGAGUUGCUCGUCUUUCAUCCCGUAGACACAGUCGCAAAGCGACUGAUGAGUAACAAGGGCAAGGUUUCCGUCUCUACACUUGGCCAAAUCAUUUUCCGAGACCAGGCAACAGCACCAUUGGGACGCAGGUUUCUCUCACUUUUCCCCGGGCUCGGCUACGCUGCCGGUUACAAAGUCGCGCAACGAAUAUACAAAUUCGGUGGACAACCAUGGUUUAGCGAUCUCCUCGGACAACACUAUAAAUCUCAGUUUACGAAUACGUUUGGUGAACGAAAAGGGAAGAUGAUGAUGCAAGCGACCGCAGGCAGUUUGACUGGCAUUGGCGAGGUUGUACUGCUCCCUCUUGACGCGCUCAAGAUUAAAAGACAAGUAAACCCUGAAGCGUUCCGUGGGCGCGGUGUUAUGCGGAUAUUUAUGGAAGAAGGUACUACCCUCUAUCGUGGUUGGGGAUGGACUAUGGCACGGAAUGCGCCUGGAAGCUUUGCUCUUUUCGGUGCUUCUGCAUUCACAAAGGAUUAUGUCCUUGGCGUCUCCGACUACUCUCAGGCAACAUGGACGCAAAACUUCAUUGCCUCUGUUGCUGGUGCUGUCGCGUCUAUCACAAUCGCAGCUCCUCUUGACACAGUCAAGACACGCAUCCAGAACGCCAACUUUGAGCAGAAGGUUCCAGGUACUAAGGUUAUUAAGGACUUGUUGAGGAACGAAGGUCCCACCGCUUUCUUUAAGGGACUGACUCCCAAGAUCCUCGUUGUUGGGCCUAAAUUGGUGUUCAGCUAUACCCUGGCGCAAUCACUGAUCCCACUAUUUGGAAAAUACGUAUAAACUUGACUGAUAUUAUCAGGAGAAUCUAUGGUUAAUUGGUCUGGGUUUUUCAUUUGCUGGAAUAUAUGGAUGACGAAUGCUGGAGCUCAGGUCGUUCUGGCUACUUAUAUAGACUUGGAUAGAUAUUAUAUUUCAAAAGCAACUCACACUUGUAGCUACGCACUAUCAUAUAGCCAUGUUUGUUUAUCUAACAUGCACGUCAUGACACUUGGGGCUG